GCCCACCCGUCAGGUGCCACGCUGGCCAAUCGGCGCGUGCCCGCGCGCUGACUAGGACGAGCCGGUGCGCUGCUGCUCUCCAACCCGGUCCGGUCGCACCAGCUCGCCCCCGCCGCACCAUUCCCCUCCCCUCCUCCUCUCCUCACUCGUUUCCUCCGUCGCCGCCGCCUGCGUCCCGACUGCCGGCCGCCGCACCGCCCCGCCGACGCCAUGGUUUUGGAGGACGAAAGCAGCGACGACCAGUCUAGCCUCCCGUACAUGCAUUCUUCCUCCACAGACGGUCUCAACGAGGUCCCUUUCAGCCUUGAAGAUCCAGAUUACAAGGGGCUUGAGCUGGAUGUGAUGUCUCCAUGUGAGAAGCACGGCAUGGCAUCUGAGAGGCUUGUUGCGUUUGAAGGAACAGACACAGGCAGGCGGUUUUUAGCAUGUGCACAGCCGGCAGGUAGCAAUUGUGGCUUUGUUGAAUGGGUUGAUCACCAGUGGCCCCCAACAAUGCAGAAUGCAUUGUUGAAGCUAUGGGCAAUGGUUGAAGAUGCCAAAACUGCUAGGGUGAAUGACAAUCUUGAAAGUUCUUUCACUAUCCACCAUCUGACAGAAGAGAAGAACAAGUUGGAUGCCAACUAUGACAAGCUAGUCCAAGAUGUGCAUGAGCUGAUGAACUUCCAGGAAGAUAAGGUGGUGGAUUUCAGACAUCUGCAGUCUGCCAUUACAUAUCAGCAGGAGGUAAGAAAAGAACUGAUUGAUGAUAUGAAGGCACAGAUGGCAAGUGAGAUGGCAAAGAAAGAUGAAGAGACCCAGAAACUUACUCUGAAGUAUGAGCUGCUGCUCAACCUGACAAGAGCUCAAGCAACAGUCAUUCAGAACUUGAAGUUGAACAAAAUGAAAGAGAAGCAAGUGCUUACUGAAGCUAGUAUGAAUUUGGAGCUGAAGAAUGCAGAGCUAACAAAGUGUCAGGAGAAGCUCACCCAAGAGAAGCUAGAGUCGAAGCUUCAGGUUGCUGAUCUGCUUAAAGGGAAAUGAAAAGCAUAUUGAAGAGAAGUGGCAGUUAGAGUUUCAGAAUGAAAAGUUGAAGGAGAAGUUCAGGGGGAUUCAGGCCAUCUUGGAGAAGUGAAGAAGAUGAAAAUGAGAUUAGUGGCAUUGCUGACCUUUUGGGAAUGAUGGUUGUGUAAUGACCUAGCAUCUAGGAACUAAGGUUGUGUACUGUAUGCUUGUACUAAUGGUGAACUAUGGCUGUGUAUGUAUGUAGUAGUUAUGCUAUUCAUCCUUUUGUGAGAAAAGGAUGAACUAUGCAUUUGAAGUUGAACUCCUCUAUGUAUUGUGAACAAUGGUUAUGUAUGGCUAUAAUGAGUUGAACUCCAGAAA